UCCAUCAAAUAUGCAGUAAGACAGAUGAACACAUGCCACACAGAGGAGUGAAAGACCUGACCAGUGUGAAGACUACGACCACAUUAGAAUCGGGAGUGAUUGACAUUCAAACUGUUUUACGCCUCUCUGAAGGUACCUGUUGAAUCUGGACAAGAGUUGCACUUUCCUCUCAGACUCAGGAGGACUGACCCGUCUCCGCUCUCUGACAAGCAGCCAUGAGCUCCUGGUUGAGUGGCUGGAUCACCGACUUCUUCACCUAUGAGACCACCAAGUCUGUGGUGGUCAAGAGCUGGUCUGUGGGCAUCAUCAACCGGAUCGUACAGCUGUUCAUCAUCACAUAUUUUGUCGGCUGGGUCUUCAUUCACGAGAAAGCUUAUCAGGUGACCGAAACUGGCAUCGAGUCCUCUGUGAUGACCAAAGUAAAAGGUUUCGGCUACCAUGCCAACCGCGUGAUGGAUGUGGCCGACUACGUCUUCCCCCCACAAGGUGCAGGUGUGUUCUGCAUCAUGACCAAACUCAUCAUCACCGAAAAUCAGUUUGAAGGAAAAUGUGCAGAGUCUGUGGACAUGUUUAGUUGUAAGACAGAUGAAGACUGCCACAAGCAUUUUGGCUCUGUCCUUGCCAACGGUGUAAUAACAGGUGUUUGCCUCAAGUCUUCCAAUAACUCCGUGGGUAUGUGUGAGGUGGAAGGCUGGUGUCCAACCGAGUACGACGGUGGCAAGAUCGUACCCAUGCUGGAAGUGAACAACUUCACCAUCUUCAUCAAAAACAGUAUUCGUUUCCCACUCUUCAAUGUCACCAGAGGGAACUUUCCCUCCACAAUGACAUCGGAGCAGAUCAAGAAAUGUACCUACCAUCCGGAGACAAACCCCUUCUGUCCCAUCUUUCGUGUGGGUGAUGUGCUGAAGUACACUGGACAGAACGUGGCUGGCCUGGCAAAAAAGGGUGGAGAAAUAGGAAUUAACAUUCAGUGGAAGUGUAACCUGGACCUGGACAUUGAAUAUUGUGUACCCAAGUACUCUUUCACGCGACUCGAUGCACCGUUUGCCAAGAAUGCAGUCUCCAAAGGCUACAACUUCAGAUUUGCCAAAUAUUUCAAGACAGAAAACGGGACUGAUUUCCGGACACUUCACAAGGCAUAUGCAAUCCGCUUUGAUGUUAUGGUCACUGGCAAUGCAGGAAAGUUUGACACAAUCCCAACACUGAUCAACCUGGUAGCUGCCUUCACCUCUAUUGGACUGGGUACGGUUCUCUGUGACAUUAUCUUACUGAACUUCUUGAAAGGGGCAGAGCAGUACAAAGCCAAGAAGUUUGAAGAGGUAUCAGAGGCUCAGAUAGAAGCAUCCCUUGCUCAGAGCCCGGGCAGCCAGCUGUCACUCAAAGCAGGUAUCAAGAGUUCGUAUGACUCUGGAGCCAUUUCCCUCGCUACCUCUGACCAACCUAUUUGACAACACCAACAACACACUGAGAACUGGACAUUCCUCUUCCUAUUUCUUUCCCUUAUUGCCUUGCAAGAGAUUCAUUAGGCAUUUUCUGGUUGUCAGGAUCCUGCCGUCAGUUUUAGUUUUGCAACUGGGCAUCAGGAAAAGAACUGUGGUUUUGUGGUUUUGUUUUGUAUAACAAUAACUGGCACACUGGAGCAGAGUUCCCCUAAGAAAGGUUUGACUCUUCAUCAUCAUUUAGAUAAAGUUUAGUCAAAGCCACAGUCAUUAAACUCGGAGGGGAAACAUCCAGUAGUAAAAAAAUGUAUUUUAUAGAAGGCGAUUUCAUUUUACAAGACAUUUUACAGCGUCUUAACUGCAAUAAACUGCAACCUACUGUUUGUCAGCCAAUUGUAUUGCUGAAUGAAUCCACUUCUCAUUUCCAAGUAGCUUUCGCUUGAACAAGCCAGAAUUUUAAAAAAACCAAACAUGUUCGAUACAAGAAAAAACAGUUCUGGGAAUAAACUAUUUGCGUAACA